AUGAGAAAAAAGUACCAGGGAAGUCAAAGGGUACAAAGAUCUCAAUUACAGGCAUUGCGAAGAGAGUUCGAAAUUCUCGAGAUGAAGGAGAGCGAGACAAUCACAGAGUACUUUGCCCGGGUGAUGUUGGCUGCCCACAAUAUGCGCAACAGCGGCGAACGUUUGGAAGAUACUCAGAUCGUCAAGAAAAUAUUGCGAACCCUCACUGAGAGAUUCACCUAUAUUGUGGUGUCCAUUGAAGAGUCAAAAGAUAUUGAUCAUCUAAGUGUUGAUGAACUACAAAGCUCUUUAGUUGUACAUGAACAGAAAUUUCGCAGAAACAUAAAGGAGGAAGAACAGGCUAAAUGUGACAAAUGA